CGUGGUCGUAAAAUCAAGUGUGAUGGGGGAUCGCCGUGUUCGAAUUGUCGCCGUCUGGGAGUAGAUUGUGAUAGCGUCAGUACCAAACUUGUUUGGGUUCAGGAUGGCCAAUCUUACCGAUCUACCGGGCGACGAUAUAUGCAUUGUGAACGCACCUGGGCAAACAACCCCCUUCUUUCAUCAGAUAUAGUCGACCGUCUGAUUGCGCAGUGCGACAGUAUCGAACCGGACAAACCAUGGCCAUCGAAUGCUAAGAACAGCCCAUUUUCCGUUUUUCAGGCUCUCAUCCCAUCAAACUCAUUGCUGUCAAACGUCAACAAGAUGCUAGCUGCUGGACCAACCAACGCAACUCACACAGACCCCCAAAACAAGUUUCUUUUCCAUCACUAUGUCAACCACGUGGCGAGCGUCAUGAUGCCAUUCGAGCAUCCCUGGAACCCAUGGAAGCUGUACUAUCCUGCCGUCUCACUACAUGACACCCUUUCAGAGGAGAAAGCUUUGUAUCAUGCAAUCUUAACUCAUGCAGCAUUUAAUCUGGGUCAUUUGGGUGUUGAUCAAAGUAGGAUGAUGGCGUUGGCUACAAGGCACUAUAAUUCGUCAAUUCAACAUUUGAGCAAGAGUAUUCGGAGUGGAAGACAACGCUUCAGUAGCACAUUAGCGGCGAUCAUGACUUUGAUGAUGGCAGAGGUAUACAGUGGGCAGUCCAGAAAAUGGCAGCAUCAUCUGCAAGGUGCAUGGGCCCUCCUCAACUCACAAUAUAGUGAUCCAUGGAAAGAAUCAAGAUUUGCAUGCUUUUCCACGCAGAGCUUGUUGAUAGUCAAGAUAAUCAGCGGGACUUCUUUGCCGAAUACCGAGACCACCGAAUCAAUCCAAUCCGACCUUCCUUUAUUCUCCUCCCCCAUCCUAUCGACUCCGCAGUGUGGAUUCACGAUCGGGGCUCAACGGGCCCUCCUGGAAUGUAUUUCGAUGAUAACCGUGGCUGGUCGACAGAUGCAAGCCAAGAAUUCGAUAAACACUCGACUUGCGGUCGAUCGUAUAGUUGCUGAUGUUCUAGGUCGUCUUGAGGAAUGUCAGUCUCAGCUAUCAUGUUAUAGUGGCCAAUCGGACUCUUUGGGGCAGGAAUUGGCACGAUAUCAACUCAACGCAUUCAUCUUCGCAACGUAUAUUUAUCUGCACCGGUCCCUGUUGGACGUUCCACCGUGGCGAGUUGCACAUUAUGUCUCUCUAACCUUUCAGAAUAUAUCAGCAUUUUGUACGAAGAGCAUUGGCAAUUUCUCACUGUGGCCGGCAUUUAUCGCUGCGGUAGAAGCAUACACGGUGAAGGACGUGGAUCUGGCACAGGCGUGGCUGGAGCAGUCUAUGUCCUUUGGUCUGGGGAAUCGAUUGCUAGUCAAGCGAGUGGUCGAGGAGGUCUGGCAGAGAAGAGAGGCGAUAAAUGGAGAAACUGGAAUGGAAAAGGGACUGAUCACGGUGGACUGGAGAAAGGUGGUAAUGGAUCUCGAUGUUGAUAUCCUGCUGGUUUGACCUACGAAGCCCUAGCCCUAGCCCUAAUGUAUAUUGACUACGUCCCGG